UUGAAUUCCUUAGUUUCCAAGGAGGACACGUUUUUGGGAACUUUUCUGAGAAAAUGGCAACUUUAAAUGAAAAGAAGACCUGCAGCGAACGCAUGGCAGAUUUCCGUCGUUUCGUCUGGAAUCCAGAAACAAAGCUCUUCAUGGGAAGGUCCCUAAUUAACUGGGUGUGGAUCAGCCUCUACUACCUGGCUUUCUACGUGGUGAUGUCGGGGCUGUUUGCACUUUCCAUUUAUUGUUUAAUGAGGACGAUUAAUCCGUACGAGCCGGAUUACCAAGACCAGCUGAAAUCCCCAGGUGUAACCUUACGACCUGAUGUUUAUGGGGAUAGAGGACUACAAAUUUAUUACAACGUAUCUGACAACAAAACCUGGGAAGGUUUAGUGACAACUCUUCACACUUUUCUGACAGCAUAUACACCAGCUGCUCAGCAUCUGAACAUCAACUGCACCAAUAAUACAUACUUCAUCCAGGACACCUUUGAUGGCCCAAAUAAAACAAAACUAUCCUGCAAAUUUACCUCAGACAUGCUUCAAAACUGCUCCGGCAUCACAGACCCAACUUUUGGAUUUCCAGAAGGAAAACCGUGUUUUAUUAUAAAAAUGAACAGGAUCAUCAAGUUUUACCCUGGCAAUGGCACUGCACCAAGGGUGAACUGCACAUAUGUGGGUGAGGAGUCUCGCCUGCUGGAGGUGGAUUACUACCCCGUGAAUGGCACCUUCAACCUGCACUACUUCCCCUACUAUGGGAAAAAGGCUCAGCCCAGCUACAGCAAUCCCUUGGUAGCUGUGAAAUUUCUCAACAUUACAAGAAAUGUAGAAUUUAAAAUAGUGUGCAAAAUCAUUGGAGCUGGAAUUACCUUUGAUAAUGUUCAUGAUCCGUAUGAAGGAAAAGUGGAAUUUAAACUGAAAAUAGAAGACUGAGCACCAACAGAGACACUUCUGAAAGAUGUAUGAAGAGUAAACUUAUCACAUUCAUCGAUAUUUAUUUUCUCACUAUGGCUCCCAUAUAAAUUACAGUGCAGAGACAUUUCCUACUGCAAGAUGGCCUAUAGAGCUAAAAAUCAAGAUCCUGCUCUCCGUGUGUAAAGAUGAAGAUUAUCUCAAUGUACAUAGCUUAAUAUUUCAUGUCUACAGGAUGCUGCUGCCUUCAUGCAAAUAUUUGUACAAAACAAGUUUCCCCCAAAGGGUGCAGCUGUUCCUUGAAAGAACAUCAAGUAUAGACUCAAACGAUUAUUUUCAAUCACUUUUCAAACCAUAAAAAAUAAUUGAUGUAUGAUACUAAAUCUUGGCUAUUGAGAAAUUAGAUAGCUUGAAAAGGCAAUCAAUAUUCUGAAAUACUAGCAAGUAAUUACAUUUUCAAUCUCUGUUGUAUAGGAUGCAUAAAAAUGUAUUAAAAUUAUCUGUAUCCCAAGGCAUUGGCUUUUUGCACUAGUCAGCUGAGUCAGAUUUUUUUUAGUUGACAAAUCAAUGACUGCAAAAGAAGUGAACUUGAAAUCUGUCCUCUAGCUCACAGAUUUCACUGUACCACUUACCUCUAUGUAUAUAACGUAAUAAAAAUGACUGGUACGACUGUAACAUCCAGCUACAUCCAAGAAACGGGUCAUUUAACUAGAGGUUGUAAUUUGUUUGGGGUUUUUAUUU